GUUGGCUGCACUAGGGAAGCAGGCACAAGGGGUGUCCAGGAGAGGCAAAUGAAUUGAGCGUGAACUUUAGCAAAGAUCAUCUCUUCCACUUUUUUUCAACAUCACGGUUUCAUCGUAACCCAUCUGCCAUCAGCAAGUUAUUCCAACGCAAACUAUCUUGUGACACAAUUCAACUUCAGAUUGUUAGCUUUGCUUGUCUAACGGCAUGAACCAAGUAUCUGCCAACGAGAUGUACAACUAUACCUAUGAAGAGGAAGAGUAUAUGAACCAAGAAGAUGAAUGGGACCGGGACAUGCUCUUGGAUCCGGCAUGGGAAAAGCAACAAAGAAAGACAUUUACGGCAUGGUGCAAUUCACAUUUGCGGAAAGCCAGCACACAAAUUGAGAACAUCGAGGAAGAUUUCAGAAAUGGACUUAAACUUAUGCUUCUCCUUGAAGUCAUUUCAGGAGAGAGGCUUCCAAAACCUGAUAGGGGAAAGAUGCGUUUCCAUAAGAUUGCCAACGUCAACAAAGCUUUGGACUACAUUGCCAGUAAAGGAGUAAAACUGGUAUCCAUCGGAGCAGAAGAAAUUGUGGAUGGAAAUGUAAAAAUGACUUUGGGCAUGAUUUGGACAAUCAUUCUUCGUUUUGCUAUUCAAGAUAUAUCAGUAGAAGAAACCUCUGCCAAGGAAGGCUUGCUUUUGUGGUGUCAAAGGAAAACUGCUCCCUAUCGCAAUGUGAACAUACAGAACUUUCAUACGAGCUGGAAAGAUGGCCUUGGGCUUUGUGCCCUUAUCCACAGACAUCGGCCAGAUCUCAUUGACUACUCCAAGCUAAAUAAGGAUGAUGCUGUUGGAAAUAUAAACCUUGCAAUGGAUGUUGCUGAAAAAUACCUGGAUAUCCCUAAGAUGUUGGAUGCAGAAGAUAUUGUAAAUACUCCAAAACCAGACGAAAGAGCGAUCAUGACUUAUGUGUCGUGCUUUUAUCAUGCCUUUGCUGGAGCAGAGCAGGCAGAAACAGCAGCUAAUCGGAUCUCUAAAGUUCUUGCUGUGAACCAAGAAAAUGAAAAGAUGAUGGAAGAAUAUGAAAGGCUAGCAAGCGAGCUCUUAGAAUGGAUCCGGCGUACAAUCCCAUGGUUAGAAAACCGAACACCCGAAAAGUCAAUGCAAGCUAUGCUGAAGAAACUGGAGGAUUUCCGAGAUUAUCGUCGCAAACACAAACCUCCCAGAGUCCAGGAGAAGUGUCAGUUGGAGAUCAACUUCAACACAUUGCAGACGAAGCUGAGGAUAAGCAAUAGGCCGGCAUUCAUGCCCUCCGAAGGCAAAAUGGUUUCAGACAUUGCAAAUGCAUGGCAAAGGCUGGAGCAAGGAGAAAAAGGAUAUGAGGAGUGGUUACUAAAUGAGCUAAGAAGGCUUGAAAGGUUGGACCAUCUAGCUGAGAAGUUUAGGCAGAAGGCCUCUUCCCAUGAAUCCUGGACUUCCGGUAAAGAGCAGCUGCUCAUACAGAAAGACUACGAGACUGUGUCGCUGACAGAAGCGCGCGCUCUGCUGAGGAAACACGAAGCCUUCGAGAGCGAGCUGGCUUCCCGCCAGGACAGAGUGGAGCAGAUAGCGGCCAUUGCCCAGGAGCUGAAUGAACUGGACUAUCAUGAUGCGGCCAGAAUUAAUGAAAGAUGCCAGAAAAUAUGUGACCAGUGGGAUCGACUAGGAACGUUAACUCAGAAACGAAGGGAAACACUUGAGCGCACAGAGAAACUUUUAGAGACUGUUGACCAGCUUCAUUUGGAGUUUUUAAAGCGGGCUGUACCCUUCAAUAUCUGGAUGGAAGGAGCCAUGGAGGAUCUUCAGGACAUGUUUAUUGUCCAUAGUGUGGAAGAGAUCCAGAAAUUAAUCACCGCUCAUGAACAAUUUAAAGCUACCAUGCCCCAAGCAGACAGCGAGAGACAGGCGAUUGUGGGCAUCCAAAACGAGGUGGAAAAAGUCAUUCAGAGUUACAAUAUAAGAGUAUCUUCAGUCAACCCAUAUAGUCCCAUCACCCUGGAGGAACUGCGCACCAAAUGGGAAAAGGUAAAGCAACUUGUGCCCACGAGAGACCACUCCUUGCAGGAAGAGUUAUCCCGACAACAAGCCAAUGAACGUCUACGUCGCCAGUUCGCUUCUCAAGCUAAUGUUAUAGGCCCGUGGAUACAAAACAAAAUGGAGGAGAUUGUUCGCAGUUCCAUAAACCUCUCUGCCACGCUGGAAGAUCAGAUGAACAACCUGAAGCAGCAGGAGCACAACAUUGUCAACUACAAGCCCAACAUUGACAAGCUGGAGGGAGAUCACCAGAUGAUUCAAGAAUCCCUCGUCUUUGAUAACAAGCACACCAAUUAUACAAUGGAACACAUCCGUGUGGGCUGGGAGCUUCUUCUGACUACCAUAGCUAGAACCAUCAACGAGAUUGAAACUCAAAUGCUGACACGAGAUGCCAAGGGAAUCACCCAGGAGCAAAUUAACGAAUUCCGCUCUUCUUUUAAUCAUUUUGACAAGAGAAAGAAUGGACUGAUGGAUCAUGAUGACUUCAGAGCGUGUCUGAUAUCAAUGGGUUAUGAUCUGGGUGAAGCAGAAUUUGCACGGAUUAUGGUUCUAGUUGAUCCCAACGGGACAGGAACAGUUUCUUUCCAAUCCUUUAUAGAUUUCAUGACAAGGGAGACGGCAGAAACAGACUCAGCAGAACAAGUGAUUGCUGCUUUUAGAAUCCUUGCAGCAGAUAAGCCCUAUAUAUUGGCCGAGGAACUUCGCAGGGAGCUCCCUCCAGAGCAAGCUCAGUAUUGCGUUUCCAAAAUGCCACCAUACAAAGGACGUGGUUCGGUCCCUGGAGCUCUAGAUUACACAUGCUUCUCAUCUGGCUUGUAUGGUGAAAGCGACCUGUAAUGGGAUUCACUGUAUGCAGAGUGCAACAAAUAUAUAGUAUAAAGGGUUUGAGUGUUGGCUUUGUGUAAACCAAGCAUUAAGCAAGAAUUGUAUGUAAAAGUGCACUGCCACCAAAUAAAUGACCAUAUGUGUAUUCGAGGAAGGAUGUUUCCAUCCUAUCCAUCUACAGAUUACU